GGGGGCAAGACGGAGAAAGAGAGAGAGGUGCAUUUGAGAGAGACAGCCUCUUAGAGCUGUGAGGCAGAAGUGAUGGAUUCAGCCCACAAAAAAGUGACAGUCUUCUCCUAACGGGCCACAGGCAGUACACAACCUGCCCUGGACUCACACCAUUUAUCAGGAAACUACCUCCUCCAUCCAACUACAGUCACCAGUUCUGCCUUGACAUCUCUUGACAGAGUCCUAACUUUUUCAAGAGGAUAUUUUUGAAACAUUGCUCAAUGUUUACUGAAGACUUUCUUGCCAGUUGAGCUUCUGCCGGGCUAAUAACAGUCUUUUAAUAAUAGGCUUUAAAACACUGCUACUCUUCACUGCUGGAAUGGACUAAAGUGACAGAGAGAGUAACUAGACAGGCAGAGUGCAGGGGAAGGAGGACGCAGAAGUGCAGCUUUCCAACUUGGGAUGACUUUCUACCAGGAGAAACUUCAAUCAACUCUUCCAGGAGGGCAAGGCAACUGAGGGAGCCACAUCAAUAUUCUACGCUUAUCUAGCUGAGCUGGACACACACUCAUGGAGCCCCGUCCAUUGGUCCUGCUGGGGCUCCUGCUAGCAUACGGACUAGCCAGUGGCAUCCAGCAGACUCAAGGGAGUCCAUCUGACAGUGGCCAUGGCAGUGACAGGACACAAGAAUUUGACAGUAGUGAUGAUGGUCUAGAAAGAGAGUUUCUCUAUGCUGGGAGGAGUAAACGUGCUCCAGCUGACCAGCAGCAGGACAAAUGCUCCUACACUUUCAUAGUGCCUCAACAGAAAGUGACCGGAGCCAUCUGUGUCAACUCAAAGGAGCCGGAGGCCAUGCUGGAGAAUCGGGUCAACAAACAGGAGCUGGAACUGCUGAAUGUGGAGCUACAGAAACAAAAGAGGCAGAUUGAGACCCUGCAGCAAUUGGUAGAGGUGGAUGGAGGUAUCGUCAAUGAGGUCAAGCUUCUAAGGAAAGAGAGCCGCAACAUGAACUCCAGAGUCACCCAGCUGUACAUGCAGCUGCUCCAUGAGAUCAUCAGGAAGAGAGACAAUGCUCUAGAGUUAGCUCAGAUGGAGAACAAGAUUCUCAACCAAACCUCUGAGAUGCAACAGCUCACCAGUCGAUACAAAGACCUUGAGCAUAAGUACCAGCACCUGGCUUCUUUGGCCACAAACCAGUCAGCUCUUAUCGCCCUGUUGGAGGAGCAGUGCCAGAGUCGCCCUCCCCCUCGUCAAGUACCAGUCCCCCAACCGCGACCUCAGCCACCUCCACCAUCACCGCCUCUGAAUAAGCCUUAUCAGCCACCCAGCCCUCCACGUAUCAACAACCAAAUCACCAACGAGAUCCAAAGCGACCAAAAGUCGCCUCCUCUCCUUCCAAUGCCUACUGGCACACACAGCCCUUCCACCACUGAUAAGCCCUCCGGUCCAUUUAAGGACUGUUUGCAGGCUCUGGAGGAUGGCCAUACUACCAGCGGCAUGUAUCUGGUGAAGCCGGAGAACGCGAACCGGCUCAUGCAGGUGUGGUGUGACCAGAGACACGACCCAGGCGGCUGGACUGUGAUCCAGAGGAGAGUGGAUGGCUCUGUCAACUUUUUCAGGAACUGGGAGACAUACAAGCAAGGCUUUGGCAACAUUGAUGGAGAAUACUGGCUAGGUUUGGAGAACAUCCACUGGCUCACGAACCAGGGCAACUACAAACUUCUAGUCACAUUGGAGGACUGGUCUGGGAGGAAGGUGUUUGCAGAGUACGCCAGCUUCAGACUGGAGCCCGAGGCCGACUUCUACAAGCUACGGGUAGGCCGUUACCAUGGCAACGCAGGCGACUCCCUCACCUGGCAUAACGGCAAACAGUUCACAACACUGGACAGAGAUCAUGAUGCAUAUACAGGAAACUGUGCGCACUAUCAGAAAGGAGGCUGGUGGUACAACUCCUGUGCCCAUUCUAACCUGAACGGCGUUUGGUACAGAGGAGGACACUACCGCAGCCGCUACCAGGAUGGAGUUUACUGGGCUGAAUUCAGAGGUGGAGCCUAUUCACUGAAGAAAGUAGUCAUGAUGAUCCGUCCCAAUCCAAACACCUUCCAUUAAAAAAAAAAUUUAAAAAGACCCACAGCAUCCCUCACCCAACUGAAACUUUUACAGCUCCUUAAAUCCAUGUUUGUUUGUUUUUUAUCUCUUUGUUCAAUUGAGUGGCAUGACAAGAGGAAGAUAGUGUUAAAUGUGCAAUAUGAAAACAUAUGGCCUCCUGAAAAAUUCAAUCAUCUGUGCACUGUUGCUUUAGUUGACUGUUACUUUCCCUUUUGACUCAGUGAAGAUGUAAUCGCUCAGGAGUUGUGUCACACCGUCUGUGUUACAAAAAAAAAAAAAAAAAAGGAUAAUGACAGUGCCUUCAUUUAAACUUUGCAACAAAGAAACUUGAUCUGACAGAAUAAGAGUAGAUAAGUGUGUUUGCUUUGAGAAAGGAACCCUACAAUGUAUUUAGUAUGUAUGUAAAAACUGUAUUUACAGUAAAAAGCAAAUGAUGAUGACGACACAGGAAACCUAUCCAGUGACUAUUUUUUAAUUUCAUCCUAAAGAAAUUCUUCAGUGUAAUUUAAGGGUACAUUUGUGGAGACUUCUGAUGCGGGUUGACACACAGGCCAGUUACAGUCGAAAAUAUUUACAGAGAUGGCACCAUCUUCUUGUUCUACACAACCCAAUUUUCUGCCAAUGAAUCAUGUUUAUGUUUAUUAACAGUUUGUUUAUACAAUAUUUUAUACAUUUAGGAACAGAAAUAUACUCACUGCCACAACACUUUCCUCAAAUUCAUGCCUCAGUAGUUUGGAAAUCACCAAUUGCUUGAACUAUCAAUUUGCUUGUAUGAAUCAAGCACUGUAUUUACUGUAUAAAUUUAGUGGUUUGUUGAUGUCAAUAGAUCCAACACAUUGCGUUUGUACAUAAGACAUUUGUAAUAUAAUAUAUUAAAAACAUGUUACUGUCACUAUUAAGUUGCAAUAAAAUAUGUACAGCUUG